AUGAGCGCCAGCGAGGCAGAGGCAGCUGUGAUCUCCACGGGCGUCACCGCCGUGGAAGACGCAGCCAAGCGCCAUGCGGAACUUUUCGUCGAGUUCCCGGAGUUGGAGGUCAAGAAAGUGUCAAGUCUGGAGCGUGAGAAGAAGGAGCUGGCCAACCGCUCGCUGGUCUACGGCGAGAUUCCGUUUGAGACAGUGGACGCUAUUUUUCAGCUGAUGAGAACGCAGUUUGGUGUGCUGCUGGAUAAGGGAGGCAGCUUCUACGACAUCGGCUCGGGCUGUGGCAAAGUGGUGCGUGUUGGCUACUGGUUUGCUGGUGAGGUGAUGGCGGCGGCGUUGCUGCACGAUUUCUCCAAGUGCUGCGGCGUUGAGGUGCUGGAUGGACUGCACGCAGUAGCGCUGAAGGUUCUGGAUCGGUGGCGGUUUGAGAUGCUGGACUCGCUGCCAGCGACCAAAGUGGACGUAGAUGUGGGCUUUGUCAAGGGCGACGCUGUCAAGCGGCCUGACAUCUGGCGGGAUGCCACUCUCGUGUUUUGCAACUCGACUUGUUUCAGUGACAGCCUUAUUCAAGCGAUUUCAACGGAAGCAGACCAAUUAGCUGUGGGUAGCUACUUCGUGACGGUGACCAAGCCUUUGCUGUCGACGCGGUGGCAAGCGAUGCAUGAGGAGAAGUUUCACAUGAGCUGGGGUCGCGCAACUGUUAUUUUCCAGAAGAAAAUGUUCUAG